ACACAUGGCAUAACACCAAGAUAUGGUAAACUGUUAAGGCGCAGACCGUGCACGCGCUCAAAGGAGAGUGGAGGAAGGGCUAAAAUACUUUCAUUUGGGCGUAAUAUUCGUUGGUUCCCGCUAAAGACCUGCUCAAGAUCACACCAACGCAGAAAAUUACACCACUCUUUCUAUUUCCUUUCCAUAGAGAAAAAUCCACACUGAGCUUCGAUCUCUUUCGCUGCAUCUCACCAUUUUCUCUUCUGGGAUUAUUAGAUUAAGAUUUAUUAAUCGUGGGUUAAUUAAUUAAUUAGUUAGAAAACCAUGGAUGAAGAAUAUGAUGUGAUAGUUCUUGGUACUGGUCUCAAGGAAUGCAUUCUCAGUGGCCUUCUCUCUGUUGAUGGGCUCAAGGUGUUGCAUAUGGAUCAAAAUGACUAUUAUGGAGGAGAAUCAACAUCUCUUAAUCUUAAUCAGCUUUGGAAGCGUUUUAGGGGAGCUGAUGAGAAGCCUCCAGAAGGCCUGGGUUCAAGCAAGGAGUACAAUGUGGACAUGAUUCCUAAGUUCAUCAUUGCGAAUGGAAAUUUAGUUCGAGUUCUCAUCCAUACUGAUGUUACCAAGUAUCUUAACUUCAAGGCUGUGGAUGGUAGUUUUGUGUACAACAAAGGCAAGAUCUGCAAAGUCCCAGCAAAUGAUGUUGAAGCACUGAAGUCACCUUUGAUGGGAUUGUUUGAGAAGCGUCGUGCUCGAAAAUUCUUCAUUUAUGUGCAAGACUAUGAAGAAAAUGAUCCAAAAUCUCAUGAGGGGCUAGACUUGACAAAAGUUACAGCAAGAAAGAUUAUUUCAAAAUAUGGGCUAGAAGAUGAUACAAUUGACUUUAUUGGUCAUGCAUUGGCACUUCACCAGGAUGAUAGUUACUUGGAUCAACCAGCUCUAGAUUUUGUGAAGAGAAUGAAGCUCUAUGCUGAGUCCUUAGCACGUUUCCAAGGAGGAUCGCCUUAUAUCUAUCCAUUGUAUGGACUAGGAGAAUUGCCUCAGGCAUUUGCGCGGUUAAGUGCAGUAUAUGGGGGAACUUAUAUGCUCAACAAACCAGAAUGCAAGGUAGAGUUCGAUGCAGAUGGGAAAGCCAUUGGUGUGACCUCUGAAGGAGAGACUGCUAAAUGCAAGAAAAUUGUCUGUGAUCCAUCAUACUUGCCUGACAAGGUUAAGAAGGUCGGAAAAGUUGCUCGUGCAAUAUGUAUAAUGAGUCAUCCUAUUCCACACACUAGUGAUUCUCACUCAGUCCAGCUUAUUCUGCCGCAGAAGCAACUCGGCCGAAAAUCAGAUAUGUACCUCUUCUGUUGUUCUUAUUCCCACAAUGUUGCACCAAAGGGAAAAUAUAUUGCUUUUGUCUCAACGGAAGCAGAGACCGACAAACCUGAGGUAGAGUUGAAGCCUGGAGUUGACUUGCUUGGCUCUGUGGAGGAAAUAUUCUAUGAAACUUACGACAGAUAUGUGCCCACCAAUGAUUCUGGAGUUGAUCACUGCUUCAUAUCUACUAGUUAUGAUGCAACAACACAUUUUGAGACCACAGUAGAUGAUGUGAUUGCAAUGUACAGUAAAAUUACUGGAAAGACUCUUGAUCUUUCUGUGGACCUCAGUGCUGCAAGUGCUACUGCUGAUGAAUAAUAACAAUUUUUUUCUCAUUGGUCAAAUAAUUCAUCAUCCUUCUCUAGUUGAUUUAUUUUAAAUUUCUUUUUUUUUAAAAUAUGAUUUUAGUUUGCCUUAACUAUUACUAGGCAUUAUUUAGUUGGUCACAUUUGAGAUGGCAUUGAGCUUGCAAUACCAACAAUCUUUUUAGGAAA